CCCCCGGAGGCUACCCCUCGCCCGAGCUGCCGUCCCCGGCGGCGGAGGAGCUGUUCCGCCUCCGGCACCACUUCAUGGCGGCCGCGGGCGCCCACACGGCGCAGCAGCAGCAGCAGCACCUGGGGGUCGGCGACGGCUCGCACCACCACCACCCGCACCACCACCACCACCACCACCACCACCUGUUGAUGCGCGGCGGCGCGCCCGGCGUGGUGCCCCUGGGGGACGUCUACUCGUGCGUCAAGUGCGAGAAGAUGUUCUCGACGCCGCACGGACUGGAGGUGCACGCACGGCGCUCGCACAACGGCAAGCGGCCCUUCGCCUGCGAGCUGUGCAACAAGACGUUCGGCCACGAGAUCAGCCUGAGCCAGCACAGGGCCGUCCACAACGUGGAGAAAGUGUUCGAGUGCAAGCAGUGCGGGAAGUCGUUCAAGCGGUCGUCCACGCUGUCCACGCACCUGCUGAUCCACUCGGACACGCGGCCCUACCCCUGCCAGUUCUGCGGCAAGAGGUUCCACCAGAAGUCCGACAUGAAGAAGCACACCUACAUACACACGGGCGAGAAGCCGCACAAGUGCCAGGUGUGCGGCAAGGCGUUCAGCCAGUCGUCCAACCUGAUCACGCACAGCCGCAAGCACACGGGCUUCAAGCCGUUCGCGUGCGACCUGUGCGGGCGCGCGUUCCAGCGCAAGGUCGACCUGCGGCGCCACAAGGAGACGCAGCACACGGAGCUGCGCCCCGUCACCUAG